AGUAAACAUACCAAAGUAUUAUAAAAUCUGCAAAUUUGGAAAUAAAAUUAGUCGUUUUAAAAUUAAAUUUUUUAAAUUAAUAUUUCCAUAAUGAUUUGAUGCAUAAAUAUUAGUAUUAAUAAAAAGCCAAUAAAAAUAUAAUGUUAGGAGAAGACUGGAAAAUUACCAAAGUUUUAAGUGGGAUAGCAAAACGAUUGUGGGCUGGAGCUGGAGCAGCAAUUUUAAUAACAUUCGUAUUUUAUUGUUUUUAUGGAGCUCUCAUAGCCUUUUCUUUAUUCGGAUUUGCUGUCUUAGCUAUUUUAUAUAAUGCACAAGAUCAUCUGUUGUAUCAUCCAGAAUUACCAAGUAAUUCACGUAUAUAUGUUCCGAUUCCAACAAUGCAUAAUUUGCCACAUGAGACAAUUUCAAUAAAGACUACUGACAAAAUCACUCUUCAUGCCUUUUGGAUACGACAACCAGAAGAAAGAUCAAAAUUUGUACCUACUGUUAUAUAUUUUCACGGGAAUGCAGGAAAUAUGGGACACAGAUUACAAAAUGUUUGGGGAAUAUAUUAUAAUUUACAUUGUAAUAUUUUAAUGGUUGAAUAUCGAGGUUAUGGUUUAUCGACGGGCUCCCCAACGGAAAAAGGAUUAUGUAAUGAUGCAAGAGCGGCAGUUGAUUAUUUAUAUACACGUGAUGAUUUAGAUAAUAGUCAAAUUAUAUUAUUUGGACGUUCGUUAGGUGGUGCAGUUGUUAUUGAUGUAGUCUCCGAUUAUGCGUAUCAUAAUCGUAUUAAAGCUAUGAUAGUAGAAAAUACUUUUACAAAUAUUCCUGAGAUGGCUUUAAGGUUAUUGCAUCCUUAUGUGAAAUAUAUUCCUACAUUAUUUUAUAAAAAUCAGUAUAAUUCACUAAAAAAAAUUAAAUCCGUUACAAUGCCAUGUCUAUUUAUAUCUGGAUUAGCAGAUACACUAGUGCCACCAAGAAUGAUGAGACAAUUAUAUAAUGAUUGCGAAAGUAAGAAGAAACGUCUUAUUGAAUUAAGUGGGGGAUCCCAUAACGACACUUGGAUAUGUGCAGGUUACUAUCAAGCAAUUGCGAAUUUUUUAGAUAUGUGUCGUAAUGAACCAUGUCAAAAAGCGCCUGAAAAAGUAGAUGUAUGGAAAAAUGUUCAAGAAGUUUAGCAUUAAAAUAUAAUUUUAGCCUAAAUAUAAUAUUUUUAUUUUUAUUAAUAAUCUUAGUCCAAAUAAAAUAACAUGCGGUUUUGAAAAACUGUUGUUGUAUAAGAUAAAUUAAAAAUUAUACGAAACAUAACAAAAAAAUAUUUAUUAAAAUAUUUUGAAACU